AUGACAGAAACCUUCCUCAUCCAUAACACCAGAUUGAAUGAUGCCAUCUUGGGAAUCAAAUGGCUGAACACCCACAACCCCAAAAUCAACUGGAGCCAACAUACCCUUGCAUUCCCUCACUUACCACCAGAGCAGAUAACCAUUGCCCAGGAGGAAGAAGCAGACCCCAACCUGCUUGAAGGAGUACCUGUCAGAUACCACCAAUAUGCAAAGGUAUUUGGUGAGGAAGAAUUCAACAAACUUCCACCUUGCCAGCAUUACAAUAUUGGCAUCAUACUCACUAAAGAAGGCCUGUUGAAUAGUCCUCUAUACAACAUGAUGGGUGCCAAAUCUGCUACACUCAAGGAUUGGCUGAGGAGUUGCUUCAGUAGACUAACAUUAAAAUUAUGUCAAACUGGCCUCUCAGUGCUCAUAAGCUUGCAGGUCCUAGCAUAUGACUAA